CUUCAUUAAAAUUUGUCCGUAGUUAGAAAAGCAAUAGAAUUUAUUAUUAUUGUUAAUGUGUGUCUUAGAGCUAGGCUUAUCAGCAUUGGUGUAAGAAACUGACGAACACCAUGCACGACGUACGGGAGGGACAGGAAGCAAGUCCUUGGUCAACUCACCUUAAUGUAUGGGAAAUUUUAUGCAUGGCGAGUGGUGGAAGAUCCAAAAUCAAAGCCACCGAAGUCUGAGUCUCAUGCUCUCAAUCACCUUGGUCAAAAUCUCUUUUUUCUCUCUCUUCACUACGUUGCGCCAGAGAGAUGGAAGGGAGAUCCAAGAUGAACUACCAUGACUGAGGCAUCGAACAGUUCCUAACUCCUCUCUCAUUCAUUUAUAAAUGGAAAGUAACAUCACUCAUAUGGCCUUCAAAGUUAAGCUCAGACUGAGAAGACAGCAAUGGAGAUUUCACACGGAUUACUUUUACUCCUCUUUAAUCUCUCUCUAUUACUUUUGGCUGAGUUAGUCAAUGGGUCCACUGACACUCAAAGAAAGCCAUAUAUCGUCUACAUGGGAGACCUUCCUAAAACUGGAGCUGUCACCGCCGCAGACCACCACAGCCUGCUUUCGGCAGUUGUCGGAAGUGACAGAAUGGCCAGAGACUCCACAAUCCACAGUUAUGGAAGGAGCUUCAAUGGUUUUGCAGCGAGGUUGUUACCACAUGAAGCAAAGAUUCUCUCUGAGAAAGAGGGUGUUGUAUCGGUGUUUCCAAACACUAUGCGCAAACUUCACACGACAAGAUCAUGGGAUUUCUUAGGAAUGCGUGAAAAGAUGAAGAAAAGGAACCCCAAAGCAGAGAUCAAUAUGGUCAUUGGUUUGCUAGAUACAGGAAUUUGGAUGGACUGCCCCAGUUUCAAAGAUAAAGGAUAUGGGCCCCCCCCAACCAAGUGGAAGGGCAAAUGUAGCAACUCCUCAGGCUUCACUGGAUGUAACAACAAGGUCAUCGGUGCAAAGUACUAUGAUCUGGACCACCAACCCGGUAUGUUGGGUAAAGAUGACAUACUAUCACCGGUCGACACGGAUGGGCAUGGCACACACACGGCCUCCACAGCUGCUGGAAUAGUAGUAAAAAAUGCCAGCUUGUUUGGCGUAGGUAAAGGGACAGCCCGAGGAGGGGUGCCAUUAGCACGUAUCGCCAUGUAUAAAGUAUGUUGGUAUACUGGCUGCUCUGACAUGAAUCUCCUAGCGGGGUUUGAUGAUGCCAUUGCGGAUGGGGUUGAUGUGUUAUCGGUGUCCAUUGGGGGAACUGUUGGACCAUUUUUUGAAGACCCCAUAGCCAUUGGAGCUUUUCAUGCCAUGAGAAGGGGAGUCCUCGUAUCUAGCUCGGCUGGGAAUGAUGGGCCUUUGGAAGCAACCGUCCAGAACGUUGCGCCCUGGAUACUGACUGUAGGUGCUACUGGUCUUGACAGGGAGUUCCGGAGUCAAGUCAAGUUGGGCAAUGGCAUGAAAGCUUCUGGAGUUUCAGUGAACACAUUUUCACCAAGGAAAAAAAUGUACCCUCUAACUAGUGGAACCUUAGCAUCCAAUUCCAGUGGAGCAUACUGGGGAAAUGUCAGUGCUUGUGACUGGGCUAGUUUAAUCCCAGAGGAGGUGAAGGGAAAGAUUGUGUACUGCAUGGGAAAUAGAGGUCAAGAUUUCAACAUCAGGGACCUUGGUGGGAUCGGCACAAUCAUGUCGCUUGAUGAGCCAACAGACAUUGGCUUUACCUUUGUCAUCCCAUCAACCUUUGUCACCAGCGAGGAAGGAAGAAAGAUAGACAAAUAUAUCAACUCUACCAAAAAGGCUCAGGCAGUUAUAUACAAGUCAAAAGCUUUUAAAAUAGCUGCCCCAUUCGUGAGUUCUUUCUCAUCUAGGGGACCCCAAGAUCUCAGUCCCAACAUCCUCAAGCCUGAUAUUGUUGCACCGGGGCUGGACAUAUUAGCUGGUUACUCAAAGCUAGCACCUAUAUCAGGGGAUCCAGAGGACAGGCGGUUUGCAAAUUUCAACAUUUUAACGGGAACAUCUAUGUCUUGCCCUCAUGUAGCAGCUGCUGCUGCGUAUGUUAAAUCCUUCCACCCGAAAUGGUCACCAGCUGCAAUCAAGUCUGCACUCAUGACCACAGCCACAACUCUGAAGAUCAAGGACAAUGCACUAGGAUCAGGCUCCGGUCAAUUAAACCCAAGAAUCGCAGUGCACCCUGGCCUAGUCUACGACAUCCCCACAAGUGGAUACAUCCGUUUCCUGUGCAAGGAAGGCUAUAAUAGCACAACCAUCGGUCUACUCACAGGUGGAAAGCAGAAAUACAAGUGCUCCAAUUUCAGGCCUGCACUGGGAUCAGAUGGUCUCAACUAUCCUUCCAUGCAUCUCCAAAUUAAGGACCCAACGGCUAGAUUCUCAGCAGUCUUCUAUCGAACAGUAACCAGUGUAGGGCAUGGAGCCUCUGUGUACAAGGCAACUGUGAAAGCAACCAAGGGUCUUUCAGUUAGAGUUGUUCCCAAUACUUUGUCAUUUCAAAAGGCGCAUCAGCGGAGGUCUUUCAAGAUUGUGUUGAAGGGAAAGCCUAACAACUCUCGGAUUCAAUCAGCAUUUCUGGAAUGGAGUGACUCUAAGCACAAAGUCAAGAGUCCUAUCCUCGUUUACCGGCAGUCAAUUUAGCUAAUAUUUUGGUUUCUAAGGUUUUCCUCCUGAUAGUUUGAUCAUUACCAACAGAUUAUGUAGCCUUCAAUUUAGCAUUCUUUUGGCCAUUUCCCAUUCUUCCUAUAUUGUAAUUUAAUCUUUGAUUUCUUAAAAUAAUCUCUUCCGGUGCCAGACUAUUCCCAUAUUCAAUAAGCCAAAUCGUCACACAAAAUGUCCAUGCAUCCAAGAUAUCAAAAAUCAUUACUAUAUAUUUAAUUCAUGAUAGUAAAUUGUAACACUUUCGUUAACACACUGAAAAAUUAUCAAAAAACAAUAACCCAAAAAAUCAGCAAUAGGUGUGCUAAUCUCAAAUUUAUGGUUCUAGAACAAUAAAGAAGACACCACUCACUAGAGGUUUGAACUGAUCCAAUCCAUAUUUCCACCCCUUACCAGAGUUUUGCCAAAGCAUUGGGAACUGAUCCAAGAGAUUAUAAUCAUAGCUCUUAGCCCAGACAUGGUUUAUCAUGCAAUGGAACUGU